AUGAUGAAACUUAACAUAGUUGUUUUAGUGAACAUUCUAUGUGCACUUUUGCUUGAGGUAAACGGAGCGUACGUGGUGAAGAGAGACACACCAUCGACCCCCCCGAAUAUAUUUGAAUCAUUUCAAACAAACAUGGACAUGUUCAGGAAGUGCUUGGAUUUAACGCUGGCCAAAUCGGUGGACGAUGUUAAUGUGCAUCAACUGAAACCUGUCUUUAAUGUUAUCGGUGAUCAGAUUAAUAGAUUUUCUAAAGCGUUCGAAGAUUUGACCGCGAAAAGUACUACAACACAGGAAUCGAUUUGGGCGUAG